GCCAGAGGCGGGAGGUAAUUUGAGAUUCGGGAAAGAUGUGAAAUGGACCAACAGUGGUAGUUGUAUGCUGUAGUCAUAGUGGGUAACGUAAUGUAAAAGUGUUAUGUAAAGCAUAUAAAAGUAGCACCAAAAUACACCUAGAGAUGUGUAUAAAGGAAAAAUUUGAAUUUUUUGUAAAGUUUAAAUGGCGAAAAUUGAAAUGCAAAACACGUUAAAAAAAUAAUACUCCCCUAUUAUGAAUGUAAUAUUUAGAACGAGGCUUCUGAAUGCGAGGAUGAAACGGUCCAAGUUAGAGGUGAAGGGAGAACUGCUGCCUAAACUCUAAAGGACAUCAGAGCAGAUAAUUGUUUUCGUCGACGGCAAUAGCGUCCUCGCCCAGAGCUGCAAUGCGUCCUCCCUGCAUCGAAGGACGAAGGCGGCCCUGAAACCUCCCCUAGCGCAACAACAAGUCGAGAGAAAAUGAGCUGGCCAGCUGAUGUUUUCCUUUUAGGAGUUCCACGCCCCUUCAAACCUCACCUUCAAGAAACACGGAACUGUCACUUCGAUGAAAUGAACCGUAGGGACUGCAAUAACUAGCUACAUGCUACCAUCUUGAACUGCGUUAACGAAGGCAAAGGUCCUAAAAGGCCUCAACAGCAGACCAAAAAGGAGCUGGAGUGCUCGGCAUGUGGUCAGGGGCUGAUUCUAAUUACCAUGUUCCACCUGACCGGGGUGUUGUGGUGUUUCUCAACAGAAGAGUACUAAACUAUGUGUCGUAGUGCUGAAGUGGCUGAAGGUAUAAAGUUAUUGGACUUGUGAACAUGCGAAACUUGUAAACUUGUACCUCGCGUUCAGUCUCACUCGUUCAGUCGGACUGAGGACCGACACACUUGUAAAAUGCAGAUCAUUGACCUCUAAUUUUUGUUUCAGAAAGAGUUCGCAGCAGGAGCUCGGAAACGUGCUGUGAAAAUGUGCUAAGGAAAUGUAGUUUGAUUAAUACUAAUUCUACUAAUAUAUAUUUAAUGGGAUGUUUUAACAUUGUCUAAAAGUUCGUUACAGAUUUCAAGAUGCCAAACUAGUUUUGUUAAUUUUAAUACGAACGUUUUGAGGAACUGAACAUUGUUGAAAAUAUUAUUUUAAGAAUUUUACAAAUACUUCACGUUCGAAACGAGUGAACAUAACUCAACAGGAAACGUAGAAACCCAGAGCAAUAAAGGAUAGCGUAGAAGGGAUUUGUGGUGAUGAUGGUAAUUUGUUGACAAUGGUUUGGUAUCUGGCUCCAUUUAAAAUUCCCGCUAACAUGCGAGGCAAUCUGGUGCAAAGGGAUUGCAUGAUCCAAAGGUCAAUCGAUCCAGAGAGUAUGCAGUGCACCGAAGAAUUCCGUUCAGAGAAUAUUAGUGAUAUAUACUCUUUGGAAUAUUAUUCCCAGAUUAUUCCGAACCAUUCCGAUCAUGAUGAUUCCGAUCCGAACGCUUGGUUGGGCGGGAACAUCGUACUGUUGAGAUCCCUGCAUUUCUUGCGUUAGUAUACGAAGCCUCUGUAUGGAUAAAUGGCAUGAGAAAGAAGAGAACAAGAAAAGACGCCACCAAGAAAUUCCUGUUGAGAGUAUUUCAGAGGAGAGUGUGUUAUUACAAGAAUCUGAAGAUGGGCUAAACAACUUCCAAGCGUUACAAGAAGAAAUUUUAUUGGAGGCAGAGAGAGAGAUUCCGGAUCUGGAGGAUGACGAAGAGGUGUUUACCGGAGUGAUGGCUCGUGUACUCGCAAAACUUAGUCUGGAGGAGCAGCCACUUUAUCUGGAAUUGCCACCAAAAAACAUAGAUGAAAAGGUAGAAAAAGCAUUAACUGAAGACUUGGAGAAUUGUGCAUUAUUGGUUGAUUGGUUGUCCGUACAUAUUAAAAAGCAAAGGGAAUACAAAAAACAAGUGGAUCAAAGAAGAAAAACGCUGAGUAAUAUUGUACAGAACAUAGAGAAUUUCAAAAUAGAAAACCCAGAAGAUGAUCUGCGGAGCAUUCAGAAAAAAGUUCAUCAAAAGUUUAUUUUCUUAAGACAAAAGUUGUCAGAUCUCAUUGAGGAAUGGGGUGGAGAUUAUAGCUCUGAGAUUUCAGACAUUUUUGCAGCAUUGACUCAAGCUCACCUGGAAGAAACCGGUCCUGCAGGUGAAGGAAACUACGUGGAGGUUCGGAAUUUCAGAAGAGAUGUGGUUCAGUUUUUAUUGUCAAGUAGACUUGUCGUUUCGGAUAAAGAUCAAGAACGAAUUAAACUUUCAGUGUAAAUUGCUUCAUUCUUUACUCUUCAUUUACGUCUCAAACAGUUAUAUUUUACAAUAAUUUUAAUAAUCGAGUUAAUACAAAAUAAUUUAUGAAAUGCAUUGCACAGAGAUGAGUUAAUUGUUAUAGUGUUUGGAAGAAAAAUAAAAUUAAUGUUUUUGUAAUAUGAAGUAUUGUUUUAAUAAAGUACCCCUUCUGAUAUACCA